AUGACCGAGGAGGCCAAGUUGGCGCAGGGCUUGAAUGCAUGGCACCAGAAAUCGUCAAAACAAAAAAGAGACAUUGGCCAAGUUUUUGAAAAUGUUGUGGCUGACAGUUUGCGUAAACAACGAUCCAACAUGAAACAACUUGAGACUAUAGAAACAGCAGAAACAGCAGAAGCAGCAGAAAAAGAGCAAGAAAGAGAUGUCGAUAAUAUUGCCAUUUCUCGAGUUAAAGUCACACGACUAGGGCAAAAUGACCGAGACAAGUCCGGAAGGCGGGUGCCGUAUCAAACGGCCAAGUACUGGUAUAAUGCCGUGGCCGACGUGCGAUAUAUCAAGCGCCCGAUUUCCAGUAUGCGAGCACUUCAAUUUUUCACCCACUUGCAACUACAAAAAGAAAAACAAAAAGAAAAUGGCAAUGCUGAAUUGACUUCAGUUCAAAGAGCCAAGAUCAUCCAAAAGUCUACGAGGACAUGGGCGACGUUUCUGUCUUUUCAAAGAAAUCCAUUUUUCUUGAUGCUCGAGUCGAAUUUGUUGUUGGGGUAUGAUAUUGACCGCGAGUAUAAUCUAGUCACCGUGGAGGAGAAAGAUGGAUAUAGCUCUGUGUUGAAGAAAAGGGCAGGGAUGCCCGAGCCUCGCGGUGGUGCAACAGGUGAAACCAACAAAACCAACGGCAGCGGUUCGAGGCGAGUUUAUGGUAUUGACCAACAUGUGCCGAAGUUGAGGCUUCUUUGCAUUGAGCUGACGGGUUUCACUCUUGUUGAUGGAUUAACCGACGUCCACCUCUGGAACUAUUACUUGGGUAAGCAGUUUCGGCAACAAAAAUCGGAGAUUGAAUUGUUUACUUGGCGCAACUACCAAAGCGAUGGGGCGCAGUACGGUGAAGUUGUUCGAGAAAUCGAGAAAACUUGGUUGGAAAUGGAUAAAGCGGGAAAGGAAAAGCUACGACUCGAAUAUUUGAAUCUUCUCCAUCAGGGUAAAGACAUGUAUGAGGGUGAGAUUGUCGAAGUGGAAUUUAAAAACAAGAUGAUUCAGAACCGCGCGAGGUACGUUGCUCACAAGGUUAGAUUUGGCGACCCGUUUCUUCAACUUGACAAGGGGAACAGUAUCCGACGGACAAAUAUACUGCGACAGACACAGCUACGUCUCGUCAAGAACUUGACAGUGGGGACUAUUUCUAUAAUUGAUCAGGUCAAACCUGUACACGCUUGGAAUUUCUACAUGUUUAAGCAUUUACUGAAGUUGCAACAACGACACAGCACCACCACUAGUGACCGAGAAGGUUAUUAUCGCAAGCUAGUUGCUCGAUGGGAAAACACCCCCGAGGAGCAUGAACAAUGCGCCAAGGAAUACAAAAACUUGCUACUUUCAGGCCGCGAUAUCUACAAGGGCCGCAUAAUCCAACUUGCAUCCAGUCAAGCUGUUCACGAGAUGUGGGGACGACCAGUUCAGCAAGUUUACGAGAGCGGCCGAUCAAAGAGACUCGAGCCCCUUGCGAUGCUUGUUCAUCCUCAAACUGGGAAAGUGGAGAUCCUCAGUCGAAUAACCGCGGACCAUGCCUUCAACUACUAUUUGGCAAAGAGAUUGAACGAGUUGGACGAGACUCACAACUUGCCAAAGCGGAAUACGCUAAUACCAGACUUGGAAUUGGAGUGGCUGCGAAAGUCCAAAGACGAGAUGCAAACUUUGGCGUUGGAGUAUCGACAACUUCUCCAAAGCGGGCAGGAUUACCUCGAAGGGAAACUAGUGCCUCUUGAACAAAAACAGGAGCGGUGCGACCAAAUGAGAAUGCUACGGGGCCGUGGCACCAAAGCCGCGUUGCGAUCGCCACUGGAGACACUUUGGGCGGCGGAACAACAAGCAAAAAGGAACGGCCAGGCGUGGCAAUAUUACAAAUACGCGAGAAUACAGUUUGACCACGUCCACGACGUAGACGAAAUCACCAAGGAAUGGGAUGAGAUGAGCAUUGAUGAAAAGAAUGACGUUUACGAGAGUUAUAAAAUGUUGGAGUCGAGUGGUAAGGUGUUGAUCAACGGUGAGUUGGUCACUACCAAUAGUAGCUUGAACGCGGUGACGCUGCUGUAA